CUAUACGGAUUAUAAGCAAUUUUAUUAGCUAAAACCCUUUGAUCAGCCAUCUGUUUACAACUGCCGGUUGCACUUGGUCGCCGUGUUGUCUAGUUGGGUUUCCAGUUUGUUUGGCAUUGAGGCACUCGUACCUAUAUAUAUAACGAGCAAGGGGCUCUAACCUUGUUGCAGCCUGUUACCAGCACCGAACAGACGCGAAGUUUUCUAUCGGAUAAAAGCUGCAACCAUAUGUCCAUGAACAUGCCAUUAUAGCUAACCGAUUCGACGCGGGAUAGCAGCUCGAUUCCGCGUCGUCGGGCAGUUGCAAGCCAUGGCGCGCACAGCUGAUUUCCCAGAGUUCGGGAUUGCCGAGCUCUAUGCUGCGACAGGUGGCUUUCACAAGUUGUGCCUCAUUGGUGAAGGAGGGUUCGGCAAGGUGUACCGCGCCAUGAUCAACUACACCCCGGUAGCCAUCAAGGUUCUGGACCGUCACGGCCUGCAGGGCAUGGCGGAGUUCCUGAACGAGGUGGCGCUGUCGCGCAGCAUCCAGCACCCGCACGUGGUGAGGCUGCUGGGCUGCACGGGAGGCGGGGCGGCGGCGGCGGCGGCGGCGCAGGACAAGCAGCAGCAGCAGCCGGGGGGAGGAGGGGGAGCAGGCGGUGGGGCGGCAGCAGGCGGGGGCAGCGGCAGUGGGGCGGGUGGUGGCGGCGGUACGCAGUGUUUGGUGUACGAGCUGCUCACUAACGGCAACCUGGAGGACAGGCUGAGGAGGGCCGGCUCUUGCCCCCCGCUGCUGUGGCCCUACCGCGUGCGUGUGGGCGCCCAGAUGGCGGACGCGCUGGGCUACCUGCACGGGCUCGGCAUCAUCCACCGCGACAUCAAGCCCGCCAACAUGUUCCUGGACGCCAACAUGGACGCCAAGCUGGGGGACAUCGGGCUGGCCUCGCUGGACGGCUGGAGGGCGGGCGCCAGUCGCGCCUCCGACGCCAACGCGGUGGGCACGUGGGCCUACCUGGCGCCCGAGUACAAGACGGAGGGGCGCUCCAGCCCCGCCACGGACGCCUGGGCGCUGGGGCUGUGUCUGCUGCAGCUGGUGGUGAACCGCGAGCCGCGCGACAUCAUCCGGGGGGUGCAGCAGGCGCUGGAGGCCAGCGAGCUGCAGCAGGUGGUGGACCCAUCUGCGGGUGCCUGGGACCUGAAAAUCGCGGAGCGCAUGCUGAAGUUGGGACUCUGGUGCUGCAUGCAUGACCCGCGACAACGGCCACCGGUGUCUGUGGUUCAUAUGGAGCUUAGUCGGCUGGUCCUGCUGCUUCAGCAGCAGGGCUUGCUCGAACCAACUGUAGUCUAGCAUGCAGAGUUGUGCGAGCGGCCUGCUAUGUUUCUUACAUUUUCAAUUGUUUCUUUGUACUUUGUCUUAUACCGGAUUGUUGAGCUCUAGGAGCAGCUUAUUAGAAGGGCCUGCUAUGGCACUCAAGGAUGGCAAUAUGGAAAAAGCAUUGCCGGCAUAAUGCACAGCUAGCAUCGUUUAUUUAUUUUUAGUCCGGGUUCGUGUAGAGAAUGGUGCACACUGUGUUGCAUCUGCGCGUAAGAAGUUGCGCACCUGGAGCAUGCUUGCAAAGACAACGGCACAUCACUACAGCGUCUUCCUGUGGUGACAGGCUUAUUCUAUACGCUUUAAGCUUAUUUACUAGUUGCUUGUGAAUUUCCAUAGAUGUUCUGCAACACUUGAUAGGUCCACGGGCCCGCUAGCUGAAAGUCCCUCGGGUCCCUCGGACAAGAGAAGCUAUUUUGCAGGCUCGUUAGGUGUCGCCAUAUUCACAACUAUACAAGAAGCCGAGGGCCCUUGGGGCCAGCACCUCCUGGGGCCUGGGCGGCGUAGCUUUCGACCUUCUGCUCAGGGGACCUGGGCCUUCCCCCUGCGCGUUCCGAGACAGCCAAGGAACCCGCUAAGUUACUGAUAACUGUGUCUAGCUAUCGAUGGACAUCUUACUAUCUGCUGUGGAGGUUGUCCGCCGGGAUCCUGAGGACCUUGAGGGAUGCGAGACGCUCAUUGUUGCGAACUACCAGCGCAACAACUGGCUUAAAGUGGGCGCAGCGUUGCUAGUCAUACAUGAUACAGCUCUUUUCAAGAAGUCGGGCGCGGACUCCUUCUCCAACUACAUCUCCACCAAAGCGGACUUUGGCUUUGGGCCGCGCCAGGCGCUGCGGCUCCUGGCCGCAACCAAGCUCGCCAAAAUCUUUCCUCCGACAAUUGCACUUCCUACGAGUGAAAGACAGGUCCGCGCGCUGGUGGGUCUGGAGCCGCGCAAGGCCAUCAAGACCUGGGUGAAGGCCAACCUGAUCAGCCAGGAGACCGGCGUGCCGCUGACGCACCGGCUGGUGGAGUCGGUGCUGUCCAAGGACCUGCCCGCCUCCUACCGCGCCGCCUGCUCCGACUGGCGCGACUAUGUGCACCCGCAGUCCGAGUACUACCGCAGCCCGCACCACCUGGUGGCGGCCACCAAGCGGCUGUUCGGGGGGGACAUCGACCUGGACCCAUGCAGCGAUGAACUGGCGCAGGUUGGCGUGGAGGCGGCUCGCUUCUACACCGCGGAGGACGACGGGCUGCAGCCGGGCAACCCCUGGGCGGGCCGCGUGUACGUGUUCCCGCCCGUGGGCAUGCACGGCAACAACAUGCUGCAGGGUCUCUUCCUGGACCGCGCCAUCAACGAGUUCAAGGCGGGUCGCGUCACGGAGGUGGUGCUGCUGCUCAAGGUGGCCAUCGGACACAAGUGGUUCGCCAAGGUGUUCGAGUACCCGCACUGCUUCCUGGCGGACAAGCCGCUCAAGCAGCAGCAGCCGCCGCCCCCGGGCUGGGGCGUGCCGGAGCCGGACUCCUCCGCGGCCGCCCUCAUGGCGGCCACCACCGCGCUGCUGACGGCGGAGCCGGCUGGCAGUGGCGGCGAGGAGGGUGGGGGUGUGCGGGAAACGCGGUCCACCCGAGGCCGGCGGAAGAGCAGCGUGGAUGAGGACGAGGAUGAGGAGGAUGGAGGAGGGGGAGGAGGAGGAAGGGGUGGGGGCCGGGGCGGCCCGGCGAGUAGUCGGAAACGUGAGGCGGCGGCCCCGCCGGCGGAGGCGCCACGGACGUCGCGGCCGCGGCGGUCCAAGGCGGCUGCGGCGGUGGCUGCAGCAGCGGCUGCUGCUGCUGCUGCAGAGGAUGAGGAGGCGGAUCUGGAGCUGAUGCAGGCCACCCCCCCGCCGCCGCGGUCGGCACCUGCUACCCGGGCACGGCGGCAAACGGCUGCAGAACGCAAGGCAGCGGCUGCGGCAGCCGCGGCGGCGGAGGCGCAGGCAGCGGCUCAGCACCAGGCGGUGCAGGAGCAGCUCGAGCAGCAGCACCAGCUCCUGGCGCAGCAGCAGGCGGCGGCUGCCGCUGUGGCGGCUGCGGGCGGGGACCCCAUGGCUGCAGCGGCCUUGGGCCUGGGCGGCAUGCCGCAGCUCAACGGCGACCCGCAGCUGCUGGGCCUGAUGGGGCAGCCCCUGGACCCGGCGGCAGCUGCGCAGAUGGCGGCAGCGGGCUACACGGCGCAGCAGCAGCAGCAGAUGGCUCAGCUGUUUGGCGGCCAGCCGGGCUCCGACCCCUCGCUGAUGGGCCUAGGGCUGCCCAUGCAGGUGGACAUGCAGGGCAUGGGGCACCACCCCAUGGGCAUGGGGCUGGGGCCGCUGGGGCUGCAGCCCGAGCAGCAGCAGCUGGCCCUGGUGCCGGGCGGGCUGCCCAUGCCCCUGCAUGCGGUGACGCCGCACAUGGGCCUCAUGCCGGCUGACGCCAGCAUGACGGAGGCGAUGGCGGCGGCGGGGAUGGCACCGGGCAUGGGUCUUAUGAUGCAGGGCAUGCCGGGCAUGGGCAUGGGCCAGAUGGAUCCGCAGCAGCUGGGCUUCCCGCCACCGCAGCAGCAGCAGCUGGGCAUGCUGGGGCCCGGCAUGGACCUGUCGCAGCAGCAGCAGCAGCAGCAGGGGUCGGGAUUCCUGCUGGGUCCUGAGCUGCAGGGGCACCCGCAUGCGGUGAUGCAGCUGGGUCCCGGGGGCCUGAUGGAGCAGCCGGGCAUGGCAGGGGGCGGGCUGGGCGCUCCGCAGCAGGCAGGCAUGAUGGGCAUGGAGGUGGGGCUGGUGGAUGGGACUGCGGUCCUGGGCCCGCCGUCCUCUGCGGCAAUGGCUGCCCAGCAGCCCGGACACGUGCUCCCAGCUGCUGCUGGUGUGGAUGGCUGCGGUGCGGAUGCGGCGGGCGUCCCGCUUGUAACGGCAACCGCGUUGAUUGUGCCGCCGGACAUGCAGCAACAAGAAGGGCAGCAGCUGCAGGCUGCAGCGGAGGAAGCUAUGGACGUCUUUGCGGACGAGGUACCGGGUGAGGUUGAAGCUGCAGCAGCGGCGGCAGCGGCCACGGAGGACGCUGAGAAGCCCUCCAUAGCGCUGUUAACCAAUGGCGACGCAGGCGCUGCAGUCGUACCCGCCCCGGCUGCAGGUGCUUCAGCUGUUGCCGCUGCGGCUGCGGGUCCUGUGUUGAAGUCCGAGCCCGAGGACCCGCAGGCCGCCGUUGGAGCGGAUGACCCGGGGCUGCAGCGGCCGCCCGCGCAGGCCGCCGAAGCGCCCGGGCCAGCAGAGCCUGCUGCGGCGGGGGCUGAUGCGGCCCCUCAAGCGGAUACAGCAGCGGCAGCAGAAGCCUCCCCGGAGGAAGCCGCAGCGGCUGCGGCAGCGGCGGCCCUCACAUUGGGUGGUGCCUGCGGCGCCUAUGGCGCUUUCGGGUCCUUGGAAGAUGCUGCUGCUGCUCUUGCGGGUGCGGGUGCGGCGGGUGCAUCUGGGUCGCAGGCGGCGGCUGCUGGCGGCGGCGGCGCCGCGGGGCCCGACAGCGGCAGCGGCAGCAGCCCCGCUCGCGAGGCGGGCGAGGUGUUCAACCCUCGGGGCACUGUGGUUGUGUACAUCGGCAAGAACACGCGGCAGUUCUGCCAGAUAUUCGGGGAGUUGGGGCACAUACCCGGGUACAACGCCUGGUCGCGAUGAGAGGGGGGGCGGGAGGGAAGUGUAGCAUCUUGUGAUCUACCGGUGUCCCGGCUUCCGGCGGCAGGUUUGGCAGUUAGCUCGCUUUGUUUAAACAGAUUCCCCUGGGCAAUAUAUAAGGGGCAUGGCUCUUAUGGGGCAGGGGACGUGUGGCUGCGAUGCCGUGCGUGAUGAGUUCUGGUUCUGGGUUCACGCUGGGGAUGAGGUCAGCCGGCGGGCUUGGGGGGUGGGGUGGGGCCGGGAACGGAACGGAACGGAAUGUACAAGAUUGACAAGUGAAUAGUGAUGCGUCAAGCAGGUUUGAGUUGGGAAGGCCUCGAGAGGUGUGUUAUUCAGGGCGCUGGCGGGGGCGGGCUACGGGGGGGGCUACGAUUGCUGGUAAUGCUGCGUGACGCGUGAUCCGUAACUGUUUGGUAGCUUAUUUGCACAUAUGGCGCAUGCAUGCUAGGAUUGCAGACGGCUACACGCACUGACGCCGUCCGUGCGAUUUUUCUCGGCCUUGUAGAUGAAAUCCGUUAGGACACUGCGGAAAACGGUGCUUGCUUGCGAGCAAGCACGGCGCCCUUGCUUUAGCUGUAGUUCUUAGAGUUUAUGCAGGUCAGUCAACUUUCGUUCCUGUGUUUCGCGUCCUGGUGGUAGCAUUCGUGUAGCGUUCAUGAGCACGUGACGUGCGGUAUUAGGAGCUGCCGUUGCUGCCAGGCUCCGUGACCACUGGGGACUAGGUGUGGUUAGCUCAAUAGGCAUCGGUUAUGUGGAGUCUGGACUUGUUCAGACGGCAAUUUGACUGUGGUAAGCCAGACUGUGGAGCUCGUGAAGCAGCUGCGGCUUUUUGCAGGUAGCGCCGGGGUGGCUUUCGUGCUACCUCAUGAAUCCAGUGGCGCCUCCACGUGCUUGUAUGUAGGGUGCAUUCUUGGGCUUGCGCUUUGUUCGUGCCUUAAAAAGCGCUGCAUACACCGUGUACUCGUACUGUAGUAGGUUUGCCCUGACAGCUCCGCUUUGGGGUAAAAUUCCUUGCAACACGGCUUGCCCACUUUGUAACGAUUAUAGUCUUCCG